AAAAAUCUCAACGGAACACCCCCAGAGAGCGCGAGCCUGCGCGUACGCAUCGUAUAUUAAUCCGUGUAUUUUUUCACGCGUGUCAGUUGCGCGCCUAACGUCGCCGUCACCGCACGCAUGCGUCUCGAUCUCCUCUACUAUUUCAAUUGUCUGCGUCGUAGGAAUUUACCGCGAUGGGUAAAUUACUGAGUGUGAUCGUGUUUAUACUAGUCAGUAGUUGUUUAAGUUUAAAAGGGGAGUUGUUAGGGAGUUACUGUGCUAAUUGCGCUAAUGGAGACCUGAGUGUGACUGAGUUGACUCAGGCGCGGAUAGAGUUCGUGAAACAGCAGAUUCUGAAGAAGUUGCGGCUGAGUAAGAAGCCGGCAGUGGCCCUGCCAGUGAACAGCCUGCCGAUGCCAGUAGCGCAGGGUCAGACCCUGAGCGAAGGAACCAGCAAACCACCGGAGUUCGAUGACUAUUACGGUCGAACUGAACAGAAGAUCAUAUUCCCAGUUGAAGGAGAAUGCCUGACGUCAGGGAGGUAUCCCUUCAAGUGUCUGCAGUUCGAGCUGCCGCCUGAUGUGGAGCCUGAAGAUGUCAACGUGGUCGAGUUGUGGUUUUAUAAGGAACGUGACCCACUAGACGAGUACAACCAGACCUUCGUGAUAUCAGAAGCAGCUCACUGGGACAGUCAGCAGCAGUUCAAGAAGACCAAGCCUAUAGCCAUCAAGGAGACCAACAUUGGUGAAGGCUGGGUGAGGGUGGAACUGGCGUGGGCAGUCAGGGUGUGGCUCGAAGGCAGGGAGCGGCUGCACACGCUGCACGUCGCUUGUAGAACUUGUCAGCUACGCCGCGCCCCCCUCUCCUUCCACGAGAAACACAGACCAUUCCUGGUCCUCUACACCAAGUAUGCUGGCAAGAGGCGAAGAGGACGAGCCCUGGAGUGCGGAGCCACCACCAGCGAGUGCUGCAGGGAGCCGCUGUACGUCAGCUUCAAGGAACUGGGCUGGGAUGACUGGAUCAUCAAACCUGAUGGCUAUCACGCCUACUUCUGCAAAGGGUCUUGCUCUGCGAUAUCUGCGCUGGCAAAUACUGAUAGUUAUCAUCAUAAUGUUUUAAGAAAACUCUACUCGACAACUAACAGAAAAGCAGAGUUCAAGCCGUGCUGUGCUCCUACUACGUUCAGCUCUCUACAAUUACUCUACAUGGACUCUACCAACACCGUCACGCAGAAGACUCUACCAAACAUGGUGGUAGAGUCGUGUGGAUGUAUGUGAGAGUGGAUGUUUUAUUAGUUUAUAGAUGAGUGUGGAUGUUGCAAGUGUGUUUAGGUGAAAAGUAAAAGGCUGUUGUUUCUAAAUGAAAAUCAUUCAUUUUCAAACUAAAGAGUUAUCAAACAAAAAUAUUGAAUAUUCUGGG